AAGUGCUGUUUGUCAGUGAAGGAAUAAACCUGGAUGUGGUGUACUAGAACAACUCUGCUAAUGCUCAUGUAGCUGAAAUGCCGUUUUACUGAGUAAACUGAGUUGAGCUUUGUUGCUCCCUCUGUGGGUGUGUUGAACUCAUUCCUCCGGACUCCACCCUGCUGCCUUCUUCUCUCCACAGUUCCUGGAAGAGCGCUUCACUCCUGUCGGUCACACAUCGGUCUGAAGAGAGUAUAAAAGCUACCAGCCUUUUCAGAGGACCGGAAGUGGCCGACAGCUCGAGCGGGAGAGAUCUGCGGGAAUAUUUAGAAGCAGCUGGACGCCUCAUAAAUUGGAAUCAUGUCCAGGUCAGACUACCCUCCAGGGUAUGAGGACUCCCGUGGUCCUAUGUACCCACCUCAAGGCGGGGGCUACCCACCUCCACCUGCAUAUGGCUUCCCAUCUUAUGGUGGUCCGCAGCCAGGCCAGCCCUUUGCUCCCUAUCCAAGCAGUCCAAAUGCCCCUCUCUUCCCGGGUCAGCGAGCAGGGUAUCCUCCCGUGCCAUACCCAGGACAGCCUCACCCUGCUGGACCUCCAGGAGCUGGCUACCCGUCCCCACCACCCAUGCUUCCAGUCAUCCCACCCACCAUACCGUCAGGGGUUCUGAGCUCAGAUGAGGAGUUUGCUGCUAGCGGCAGCAACUGGGACGACCUGAGCAUUCGGCAUACCUUCAUCAGAAAGGUUUAUAUGAUUUUGGCCUCCCAGCUCCUCGUCACAACGGCCAUUGUUGCCAUAUUCACCUUUGUUGAACCCGUCCGGUAUUUCGUACAGAGAAACCAGGCUGUGUACUGGGCAUCAUAUGCUGUAUAUUUCAUCACCCACCUUGUGCUGGUUUGCUGUAAGGGCCCACGGAGGAAGUUCCCAUGGAACAUUAUUCUGCUGCUGGUCUUUACUCUGGCUUUGUCUUACAUGACCGGGACCAUCUCAAGUUACUAUGACACAAAAGCUGUGUUUCUGGCUCUCGGGAUCACUGCUGUUGUGUGCAUCGCUGUCACGGUCUUCUGCUUCCAGACAAAGGUCGACUUUACAAAGUGCCAGGGCCUAUUCUGUGUCCUCGGGAUUGUUAUGUUUGUGACUGGUAUCAUCGCAGCCAUCGUGCUUUCCUUCAAAUACAUUCUGUGGCUCCACAUGCUGUAUGCAGCUAUAGGAGCUAUAGUGUUCACUCUGUUCCUGGCGUACCAUACACAGCUCCUGAUUGGAAACAGGAAGCACUCCAUUAGCCCAGAGGAGUACGUCUUUGCCGCGCUCUCCAUCUACGUCGAUAUCGUCCAGAUCUUCCUGUUCCUGCUGCAGAUUAUUGGAGCUUCCACCAAAUGAUGUUGCUAAAGUCCACGCUCUUAUCAGAUGGGUGCUGGAAAGCAAUAUGCUCCAACAACUCUUCUAAAUAUAUUUUUUUCUUUAUUCCAACUUUUACUUUUUUGGGUAAAAAUGAUCAUACCAUUUUUUUAAAGGAUAUUUAAACAAUCCAGGGAAAGAGCCAAGUGGUUGAAUCCGAUUGUGUUAGUAUAUAUAUAUAUAUAUAUAUAUAUAUAUAUAUAUAAAAAUACUUUUAUACUUGUAAUAUACGUAUUUAUAGUACAAUAUAUCUUUUGAUGUACAAUAAUCUACACUGCUGUUUAACUUUCUAGUUCUUAUGAAGUAAGAGAGUAUUAUGGAUCCUUUCAAACUUUUCCUACCUUUUUUAUAUUAUGGCACAUACUGAGUACAAUUUAACUGAAAAACAACCAAAUCUGUUGGAACAAAUACAAGAGGUGCAGUUACUAGACCUUUGAAAUUAAUGCUCUGUAGGAGGACGUUUUGGUUUACCUUCAGCUUUUAGUCCUCUUUGUAGAGCUGUCAGAAUCCCUCUUUUUAAUAUCUGAAACAAUUCUCCAAAUCUCAGUUGUUGACGUCUUUUUAUCCACAGCCAUCAUCAGGUGACGCAGAAAAAUAAAAUCCCUUUUCAUCUUCAGCCUUCUUGCUGACAUCUGAAGGCUCACUGCCAAAACUGGCUGAUAUUUUGAAUUAUUCAUAAUUCCACCUUAACAAAAACCUCAGUUCCAUCUGAAGGAAAGCAACCCCAGACCAUGAUGCUGCCACUGCUGUGUUUCAUUCUGAGUGUGGUGUUCUUACAGCGAUCAACAGUGUUGUUUAUGUUCCUGUUUGGGAAUGGUGGUAAAACGUUUGACUUGUUUCAUCAGAUUAGAAAACAUUCUCCAAAAUGGUUUUAGGAUACUUUAGCCAACAUUGAAUCUUUUUUUGGAAGAAUGGAAUGCUGUCUUUCCCCCCUCCCACCCGGUAUUCCAGACAUAUGGAGAAUACGGGACAUUGCAGUCAGUUGUGGAACGCAACCAGUACUCGGAAAUUCCUGCAACUCCUGCAGGUUUAUUGUCAAGUAAACGUCCAGUUUCUGGACAGAUGAACUUCUUGAAAUGAUUUCUCAUUUUUGGGUCACAGAACCUGGCUUUUUAACAGGGACAUGAACACUUGAGAUCCUCUGUACAUAUCUGUGCUUUUUCUUUGCUACAAUUUAAUUCUAAACCUGAGUCACUCUAUGAUCAUAGCACCUUGGCAAUAAAGCCUGAAGCCUUGUAUCCUUGGCAAUUUUUCUAAAAAAAUGUUUGACAUAAAAUGUUGUACUACUGUUACUAAUGUGCCUGUUUGUUUUCCUGCUCAGUCAGAUUGGAAUCAGUCUGAGCUGACAGGGUGGGGUUUUCCCAAACACACCCAGUAAAACGUUGCAUUCAGAAAUGUUUCAGCUCAAGUAGGAGCAUCCAAAAGCUCUUGAUUUAAGCAACCCCACCCAACCGGACCUCCCAGGUUUAAACAUGCCAGGCCAGAGUUACAUGUUCUCCUUUAUUAAAGCAACAGUGUCAAAUAUUCAGCAUGUUAUAUUCAGCCCAUGUAGUUGGUGUAGAUAAUAGGGUGUAAAUAUGCAUCAUUCCUGAACACAAUGUUUGCAUUUUCAUAUGAAAUAAAUAGUUUCCUUUC